UUGAACACCACCUUGUAUAAAUUCGCUUUGGACUUAAAAAAGCGUUGUAAUAAAACAAAAACGUUUGCAUUUGCGGUGUACAUUUUAUUUAAGGUGAAAUAAAAUAGUUUUUGUAAUAACAAUGGAAUCCGAGUCCACAGUAGAAGCCCCGCCAGAAAGGCAUACAGAAAAACAUGAACAAAAGAAAAAUAAGAAACCGGCUGCCGCUGAAGCUGUUGGUGACAUUUCAGGCGGCUCAAAAAACUAUAGGAAGCGUAAGCGGCACCAUUUCAAUGCUAUUCGGAAACAGAUGGAAUUCUACUUUGGCGAUGCUAAUCUGUCUAAGGACCGAUUUUUGAAGCAGCUUAUCGACAAAGAUCCUUAUGUACCUCUGGAGGUAUUUCUAAACUUCAAUAAAUUGAAAGCGCUUACUAGUUCAGUGGGCGAAAUCUGCAAGUCACUAUCUAACUCAGAACUGCUCGAGUUGGAUGAGGCACAAUUGAAAGUCAAGCGAAAGACUGCAUUGCCCAUUGAACGGAAUGUCGACGAAAAGACGCUAUAUGUUGAAGCUCUGCCUGCAGCAGCUGAUCAUGAUUGGGUACGUCAGGCUUUUGAACGUUUUGGCUCAGUAGUCUAUGUGUCGCUACCGAAGUAUGCUAAAUCGCGUAAAAUCAAGGAAUUCGGAUUUGUGGAGUUUGAACAUGAGAGUAGCGUCGAGAAGGCUAUUAAAGCAUUUCAAGAUUUUAAUGGUGUAUUGAGAAUGGAAGAAACUGAUCCUGCAGAAUUACAGAGUGUUAAGUCAUUCAUAAAAGAACAAAAUGAAGAAACCCCUAUAGCAAAAGAUGAAUUAGAUAUAGAGCAGAAAAAAGCAAAAAAACCCAAAAGGGGCGCCGAUGAUAUUUUAGACUCCGAAGGGCCUGCAACAAAAAAGUCUAAAACCGAAAACGAUGAAAACUCCACCGCAACCGAAACAGCAGAAAAUACAAAUGAUGAUACCGAAGAUCAGCAGCAAGAAGACGGGGAAGAGGGUAGCAAUAAAAAGAAACGCCGUAAAAAGAAGAAAAAGGCCAAAAGUUUAGAAAAACGCAGGAAAGAUACUGAUUUGAAUACUGACGCAUCCUUUUAUGAAUUGAAAAUUCUGCCUAAACGCGCCUGGAAGCGAUUGCGUAACAAAUAUCUAAACUUGCAACGUGAAAAAGUUGCAGAGUUAAAGCGCAAAGCAUGGAAGGAAAAGCAACAACAACAGGCUAGCGAAGCAGGCGGGUUGGAAGCAUUAGACGCUACAGCACCACCUCCAGCCAAGAAACCGCAGGCAAAUGAACGCAAUCUGCGUAAAAUGAAUAUGAAUUUCUACGGCGCCGGCGAAGAAGAAGCAAAGCCGCAACCAAAAGAGAUGAAGCACAAUCCUGCCUUGGAACGCGCUCCUCUCUUCAGCUAUGCAGAGGGACUUAUAGUAGAGGUAGCUUUUUUGAAUCCUUGCGUCAAUAUUAAAGAAUUUAAGGCCGAUAUGCGACAAUACGAAGCCGUAAAGUACGUUGACGUCAAGGAGGGCGCCUUGCUUGCACAUUUGCGGUUAGAUGCGGCAGAAGCGGCAACCGAAUUUGUGGGUCAAGUGAGUUGCGCAGAAUACAAGUGCAAGGUACUCAGUGGCGAAGCAGAGCUAGAGUAUUGGAAGAAAAUUGAAGCAGAUCGUGAAAUGAAGUUAAAUAAACAAGUAAAGGUACCACAGAAGAGAGGUAGAGAGAAAGUUAAGAAACUAAUAACGAAACACAUUCGUUUUGGUGAAGAUGAUGAAUAAAAUAGUCAAUACCUUUAAUUUUUAUUUUGGA